UCUUGUUGUAAUGUUAUGUUGCAUCUUUGAUUCAGAUUGCGGUUGUGCGAUUUGCUGUGGUGGGAAAGGUAUUCCGGUGUAAGGAAGUUUGUUGUUUCUUUAUUCACCUCUCGUAAAAAUAAAAAAUGCUGAUCAAAGUGAAAACAUUGACGGGAAAGGAAAUUGAAAUAGAUAUUGAACCAACUGAUAAAGUUGAGAGAAUAAAGGAACGCGUCGAAGAAAAGGAGGGAAUACCACCGCAGCAACAGAGACUGAUCUUCUCAGGAAAACAAAUGAAUGAUGAAAAGACUGCACAAGACUACAAGGUCCAAGGAGGUUCUGUUCUACAUUUGGUACUGGCACUCAGGGGUGGUGCAGAAGCUUAAACAUCUUCUAUGAUGGUGGAAAUGUAUGGAAUUUAACGCUGAGAAAGACUGUUAUGGUGAACUAACCCAUAAUGAGAAUUAAGUUUUUAUGUAAUGGCAAUAUGGAGAAAGUGUAAACCUACUUGUACCAUGUUCAAUUUUCUUGGAACAGUGCAUGCUAUAUUUGCCUUAAAAUUGCAGACAGCCCACCUGGUAACAGAAAUUUGUAUUUCUCCUGAAACACAUUAAAAUUUAUUUUGGAAUAUUAUGAAAACUUUAUAGCCCAGAAUAUUUGAACUGAGUUUUAAUAAUUUUAAUAACUAAUUAUUUCAAAUGUUCAUAGCUUUUAUGUGAAAAAGAAUGGGAGAACAUUCUUUGGUUGUAUAUAAAGCUGUUUGUAUAUAUUUAUUAAUUACUUUUUAUUUUUAAAUGCUCUGUUUUGCAUUUAAUGUAUGAUCUGGAGAAAAGAUUUAGUACAGACAAAACCAAAAUUCGUUGUUGAAAAUAUUAGUUAUCCCAUAAUGACCACUUUUGAAAAGUGUAAAGUUGUUAAUUAAAAUUAAUUCUUAAAAUGUA